UCGUCACUCAACUUUCGGCCACAAGCACCUUCCCCUCCCAACGAGCAGCCCUACGCCCUCACAAUUCAGGUUUUGGGACGCUCAGCUCGACAGUUGCUUCCCACUUGAGCGUACACGGCCGCUUCGCCACCAUGUCUGGCUUUGUCGACGCCGAGGCAUCCGGCUCGCAGUCGCAGGCCCACGAACACAUGGACGUCGACCCGGACAACAAUGAGAUCCAAGACGACGAGAUGCAAGACGAUGUCGAGGACCAAGACGACGAAGGCGACGAGUACAGCGAAAACGGCGCCCUGAGCAGCGACAACGGCGACGACGGCAGCGACGACGAGUAUGUCGACGAGCCCGACGAGGACGGCGAGAGAGACGAGGACGCCGUCGUCGCCGCCGAACCUGAACCAGAGCCCGCUGCACCCCAACCAGACGACGCGAUCUUUCAGCGUCUCGCAGGCUACGUUGCAGGUGCACCACCCGCGGAGGGGACGGAAGGCCAGCCGGCCCAGGGAGAAGGUGUUGGCGGCGCCGGGUUCCAGAACGACCUUGCGGCGCUGGACGAGGAGGAGCUGCCACAGGCAUCGAAGAAGCCACGACGAAGGGUACACCGCGCCCACCGACCCACUUACGAGGUCCAGCAGAUGCUCGGUCGCGCCAACAUGGCAUACAUUCUCGCGCAGCGGGCCGAGGCGGUCGACCUCUUCCUCGAAGUCAUCCGUCACGACUCGCAGGUUCAAGCGGCGUGGACUACACUCGCGUCAAUCUACGAAGAGAUGGGCGAGCACGAGAUGAGCAGACAGAUGCGCUUCUGUGCUGCCCACAUUGAGGAGGACAUUGGCCUGUGGCGAGAGCUGGCCGAGGAGUUCAAAGUCGACGGAAACGAGAACCAGUCGCUCUACUGUCUACGAAAGGCCCUCAAGAUCGACCCUUCGAGCUUGGACAUUCUGUGGCAGCUGGCCACCGUCUACCGCCAGCUCCACAAGGACAAGAAGGCGAUCGACGUCUACAAGAAGAUCCACCGCAUCGAACCUGCCUUCCUGCGCGACUUCAACAUGCUGAUGGACAUCCAUCCGCUCAUCCACGAGGCAAAGCAGUUUGUGUUUGGCAGCAACGUGUUUGGCGACGCCUUCCUGUACCACUUUGCGGCGUUUGGCGGCCCCGAAGACCAACGCGCCGGCCCAGACCAGAACACGAUGCAGCUGGAGCACAUCGUCGUGUACGUCGACUACCUGCUCCUCUCUGGUGACGUCGAAAGCGCGGUCAGCACCAUCCACCGUGGCCAGCGAUGGAUCCAGGGGCGCAAGAACCAGAAGGGCUGGGACGCGAUCGACGACGACAGCGAGUACGAGCCGCCAAAAGAGGCCGACGACGAGGACGCCGAGGGGUCCAAGGGUGGCUAUGACCUGGACACCCAGCUGCGAUACCGUCUUGCCCUCGCGCGUCUCCGUCUUGGCCAGGACACUGAAGCGAUGGUGCACAUCAACGAGAUCUUGGAGCUCGACGCCUUGAUCCACUCCAGGAUGUUCAAGGAGCUCGGCGAUGCCCUGAUGAAGCGCGAGCUGUGGGAGUCGGCCAUCGAGUUCUGGGCAUCGUUACAUGAUCGUGUUGGGGUCGACGACGAGCCAGCCGUCAUCUUCAAGCUCGGUCUCUGCCAGCACAACCUGCAGCGCUACGAUGCCGCGUUGGAGAGUCUUCGUUGGGUCGUCGACAUGGACAAGUCCAACACAGAAGCCCGUAUGGCCCUCGCCCGUGUUCUCGAAGACAUGGGUCAGAAGGACGAGGCGUACGAGAUUGUCACUGAGCUUACUCGUGCUCGUGAGCGUGGCGCCAAGGGCGAGCGUGCGCCGGCCGAGCGCAAGGCGACCAAGAUCUCGCUGCAGCAGCAGAUGGCCGACACGAUGAAGCGCUUGUUCCAGGACGCCGAGGCUGCCGAGGAGCAGCUCAACGAAGGCGAGCCGUGGGCCUUGGAGGCCUUCACAGAGGCUGCGGACAGGAUGAUCGAGACGUUCCGCUUGGCCAAGAGCAACUUCUCGAAGAAUAGGGGUGUCACUCGGGUCAUCACGAACCGCAAGAAGAGCGCAAAGAGCAACAUUGACUCUGAAGUCAUGGACAUGCAGGAUCGCCUUGAGCGCACACUGGGCUUCAACGAAGAGCAUGACAAGCCCAUUGAGGGCAAGCUCGAGUAUGCCAUUCGCCGACAGGAGGACUUUUAUGGCAUCAAGUCGGAGGACUGGCUUGCCAUCACCAUCAAGUACUGCUGUGUGCUCAUGAGCAAGGACCGAAAGAGCACCGUCUAUGCCAUGGGCAUUCUGGAUCACGUCGUGUGGUCGGGUCCCUUCAACAGCCGUCGCUGUGAGGUUGCUCUUAGGCUGACCAUCAUUGCCUGCGCCAUGCGCCUCGGAGCCUACGACACAAUCGUCGACAACUGCAAGCGGUUGUCUCAGCUGCACCAGUUCAGGCCAGAGCCCAUCCUCUUGAUGCUCUCAGCCAUGGGCGGAGGCUACAAGCAGCAAUCCAGCUGGCAAAACCUGGCCUUGCAAAAGUUCCUUCACCGUGAACUGCGCAUCUACGACGAGGCGGUUUGUGGUGUCAAGCUCCGCUACAACUCUCGUGUGCAGCGCUGGGCACAGAUCCAGACCACGGGACAGUCGCGUCGACUGGGCGACUUUAUCGACAUUGACGACGAGGUCGACGAGACGGCUGGCAAGUCGUCGCAACCCUGGAGACCGGGAACGCAAGAAGUGGACGAGGACGAUGAGCCCGAGGAGGACGAGGACGGGGAGGCGGAAGGGGAUGGAGAGGAAGCCGACGCAUCCGCCGACCCAUCUGGGGCUGUCGAAGGAGCCACGGAGAUCCCUAAGCCAACAAAGCACUCGCCCGUCUUCAAUGCGCUGUACGGCCAGAACAUGCUUACUGCCAAGAGUUAUCAGAGCGCUUUGUUCUAUUUCCUCCGGGCAUACGAAGUCAACCAAUACGACCCCUUACUGUGCUUGUUCAUUGCUCAAGCCUUCUUUGGGCGAGCUCUUGUGCGCCAAUCUGACAACCGAAACUACCAGAUCGCGCAGCCAUCUCUGAUAAUCGAUUCCCAGGGUCUAGCGUUCCUGGCGCGUUACCGUAAGCUCAGUCCACAAGACGUCGUUUCGCAAGAAGAGGUGGAAUACAACUAUGGGCGUGCCUUUCACGGAUUGGGCAUUGUGCAUCUCGCAGUGAAACACUACGAGACUGUGCUCGAAUCUGUGCGGUCCCGAGUUGCCGAACAAGAUGACGAAGAGGAGGGCAAGCGUCUGCGUGACGGCUCUCUGGGACGGGAAGCGGCGCACAACCUCGUGCUCAUCUACAGCGCUUCUGCGUCCUGGGAGCUCGUGCAGGUUGUGUCGGACGAGUGGCUUGCGCUGAGCUAGUCGGGCGUGCUGGAUUGGACCGCCGGUCGUGCUGGGUUGGACCAGUAAUAUUGUAUACUCAUGUGUGUGUUCCUACUUGGGCUUGGGCCUACUUGCAACCGAGCUGCUCUCAAUGGGUGGUUGAAGAGGUUGUGGUGGCCGACGGAACCAGUGUCUGCGGGUGCUGUAAGUGCCUGCGGUGUUGUACUUGUACGAGUAAGGGUGGG